AUGGAAACAGAGGAAGAAGAUGAAGAUGGAAUAACUCAAACUCAGUUCUCUCAACAAAGUUCUAUCACUGUUUCAAACCCUAAAUCUCAAAUAUCUAAGGUAACGGUUGCUGAUUCAGUGAAGGGGUCAACAGGAUCUGAAAAUAUGAGUCAUAUGGUUGAGAUUGGUAAUGCUAAAUUGUUGACUAAAGAUCAAGCUGAAGAUAUUCGAUCGAGUUUAGACCCUGCAUUCCCAAGUUUUGUCAAACUUAUGCUUAAGUCACAUGUUACAGGGGGAUUUUGGCUGCUGCCUUUUGUUGACAGGGGCUUCCCUCGAAAAUUCUGUGCUAAACAUAUGUCAAUAGAAGACAUUUCAAUGACUUUGUUGGAUGAGGAAGGGGAAGAGCACAUUGCAAAAUACCUUGCUGGAAAGUGUGGACUGAGUGGUGGAUGGAGAGGGUUUUCCAUUGCUCAUAAGUUAGUAGAGGGGGAUGCAGUGGUUUUCCAGUUAAUCAAGAUUAAUAAAUUUAAGGUUCACAUUGUAAGGACGACUGGACUAGCAGAAGUUGAAGGUGCUCUUGGCCUUUUACAAUUAGAAGCUUGUGCGCAGAAAAGUUCGCUAGGCGAGGCAGGCAAUGAUAUGAAGCUGACCAGAAAACCCGUUGUAGGGGAACACCCAAAGCGUCUUCCUUUAGCCGUUAUUCAAGGCAAAAAUGAAGUUGAUGGUGCUCUUGGCCUUCUACAACUGGAAGCUUGUGCGCAUAAAAGUUCUCUAGGCAAGGCUGGCAAUGGUAUGAAGCCGACGAGAAAGCCUGUUUUAGGGAAACGCCUAAAGCGUUCUCCCUUAGCUGUUAUUCAAGGCAAAGAUGAAAACAUUAGUCCCCCGCUAUCAGUUACUGAUCAACCUGAAAAUGGCAGUGAAGAGGCAGAUUCAGAUUUCUUGGGAGGUAUUAAAUUUGCAAGCUCCGUGACUGCGUUUCAAGAUAUAAAGAAUUCAGAGAGUUUCACCAUAAUCGUGAACGAUUUGAUUUUAGAUUCGGAAAUGUCCAAACAUGUAAGGUCUAACUACCACGAGCUCUGCUGCAGUCAGAAUUCCUUCCUGCAUGAAAAUCUUGUGCCAGGCCUCAACUGUAAAUUAGUUGCAGGUAUCAUUUCUGAGACUAUGAACAUUGCUGAUGCCAUUAGAUGUAGCAAAGUUGCAGGUAUCAUUUCUGAGACUAUGAACAUUGCUGAUGCCAUUAGAUGUAGCAAAGUUGGCAGUACUUCAAGGGAUAAUUUUGCAAUAUGGAGAAAGACUUUGGAAGCAUUUGAGCACCUUGGCAUGAAUGUGGGUUUUUUGCUUCCUCGGUUGGAUGAGCUUGUGAAACUGGCCUCUGAAACGGAACAAGCAGUAGAUCUGAAAAGGUACAGAGAAGCUAUAAUUGAACGAACACGUGCAGAAGAGGAGAUGAAAACUCUUGACAUGAAGCUGGUUGAACUAAAAAAGAUGCAUCGAAAAUGUUUGAGAAAGAUAUCAAAACAUUGAAAGUGAAGGCAGAGAAGUAUGAGUCGGAUUUUGAAGCCGAGGCCAAUGCUCCCUGGUAAUUUUACUCAGUAGGUAUGCAGGCUAAGCCAGGUACGUUGGAGUGAUUUAAUCUCAAACUGUUUGGUAACCUAUGAAGCAAAUCCCAAAAUUUUGGCAGCUUACACGGAUGUUUUGGCCUAGCGCUGUAAGCUUAUGACCAACAGCGAAAGCUUCUAGAUAGAAAUCGGCAUUUCAGAAUUUUGAUCUUUUUGCGUGUAAAAUUCUCUUUUUAGCCAGACAGUGUAAUGGAAAU